AUGUCAAAGGGACGGUGGACGUUGCCGCCGACCGGUAGCAGCGGCACGCGAUUACCCACUUUUGACAAUGCAGGGUUCUUCAGCAAGGUGUUUAUGUACUGGGUGCGCAGUUGGGUGGACUUCGUCGGCGAGGAAAAAUGCAAUUUGGAGUCCGUCCACGAGCUUCCCCAAAACGACCAGCUGUCCUGGUGGCAGACCGUGUUCGCACGGCACAUCAGCGAUGGCCUCCUGCAGCUGGAGAAGUCGGAAACCGCCGGAUCCUCACCGCUUGAGCCUGCUAUCAAGCCUUAUCGCAGUAUAUUUUUACGUGCCAUGGUCCUCACCUUCUGGCGCCGCGCAUUGCUGACGCUGUUGGGUAUCCUGUGCGUCAAUCUGAUAGGCAUUGGGACGGCAAUACUUCUGAAGUACCUGCUCGAUCUGCUGUCAACGGAUUCGCAGCGCCUGUCUACGGUCUUCCGUAUCGUGCUCGGGGUCGUUCUGGUGGAAACGACGCACUCGAUACUGCAUCAGCACGUGGAGCUCUUCAUCCAUCGCAUUGAGAUUUGUAUAGAAGCAGUCAUCACCAUCACGCUGUUCCAGCAUGGGUUGUGCUACCGCCGCCCCUACUCAUCGGUUGUGGAUUCCGGCAGCCAGCUGGGCACGUGCAAGAAGGUGGUCCACUUCAGUGGCCCCGAUGAGAGUUGCACCCCGAACCCGCUGUUAUGUCCUGCUCGCCGGCACCAAAAUCGUGAACUCCCUCCGAGCAUCUACACCCACAUGGUUCUGGACGCAACGACCAUCACGAACUACGUGGCCUCGGUAAUGGCCAUUGUGAGCUUUGCGUGUAACUUCUUCGUCGGGAUGGUAUUCGUGAGGACUAGUAUGGGGUUCCCUGUUCUCCUGCCCACUCUGACGGUGACGGCGUUCGUAUUUUUCAUGCUGGUCCUGGAGCUUGUGAAUGGCAGGCUGCGCCGGUACUCGCUGGAGUCCAUGGACUGUCGGGCCUCGGUGAGCUCCGACGUGCUUGGGAACCUGCAGCUGUGCACCGCGAUGGGCAUCGAUGACGUGGGCUACCGCGCCAUUGAGAGCACUCGGGAGGACGAGCUCACGGUGCUUCGGGUCCGUUUGUUUUUUCAAUUUCUGAACCGUGCCAUGGAGCGAUCCGUUGGGAUACUAGUAUUUUGGGUAUUUGUAUAUGUGUUCAACAAAGAAGUAUCGAAAGGCGAAAAUGGUGAAGUCGUCGGUUUCGACGUGAACGAACUUAUAUCUGUCAUGUUCAUAGUCACAAAAAUCGUCCUGACAUGCGGUAAGCUGCCAAAGGCUUUCCGUUGGAUGGUCGAGUCAGCCACAUCAUACCGUCGCGUAGAAGCGUUUUUGCGCAACUGCUCUCCCAAUUUCUAUUUGGAUGCCAAUAACGAGGAGACCGUUUCGGAGCCCACUAAGGUGGACGAGCGGAGCAUCCCCCCAGAUGUCUCCAUUGACACUGUGGUGUAUUUCAAGGAUGCCUCCUUUAGCUAUAUAAACAACCGCAAGCUGCUUUUGGACACUGAUCAGAGCAGCAGGAGCCCGCUUUUCAAGUCGUUAAAUGUGCAGCUUAAGCGUGGCGAGAUAAGGAUCAUCACUGGCAACCAGGGUUGCGGUAAGACGAGCUUCAUUAAAUCGAUUCUUGGUGAUAUGAGUCUGGUGUCUGGAAGCAUGGCCGUGGCGCCACUUUCCACCGGCAUGCCCAUAUUCUACACGUCGCAGGAGGUAUGGCUGCCCAGCGGGAGCAUCCGUUCCAUCAUCACGUUCGGCUACGCGUUCGACGAGGACAUCUACAACCGGGUGACUUCGGCGGUGGAACUGGAGUCUGACUUUGCCUCGUGGGAGGACGGCGACAUGCGCGUGAUCUCCGAGAAGGGAUAUUCUCUGAGUGGUGGACAGCGUGUGAGGCUGAGUCUGGCUCGUGCCCUGUACUCCUACCUGGUCUUCAGCAAGGCUAACGAACGCUCAGAGGGUGACCGUUGCUGUUUCUUGGUCUGCUUGGACGAGCCUCUCAAUGGGUUGGAUUCUAGUGUAGCGCGUUCCAUUUUGAGGAACCUUCUCAACAGAAAGAACGGCUUGUUGGUGCACCACGAUGUUGCGGUGGUGAUGGCGAUGUCUACAAUGACCUUGGACAUUGCGAUGACACCAGAGUCUGUCACGGGGCUCUCAGACGUAUCCGUCGGGGUGAUAGAAAACGGUACUCUCAGCGAUCCGAUGUCCCUUGAGAUGUACUUGGGUUUUGAUUUGACAGGCGAUGAUCCGUCAACAGAAUCGGAAUCUGAUGACGUUCGUUACAGUGCGUUUGGCAAGAUGGCGUGCAGAGAGAGUGUUCACUCGGUAGGCAAAUACAGAGCCGUUACUACUGGCAUGUCAACAUUUGACCACGAGCCGCCCGUUAGAACUCUAUCAUUCGUCCCAUCAGCCGGCGGCGGCAGACCUGCCAACAUAUGGAGUGGCUAUCUGGUGUACUUCCGCGCAGUUGGCUAUUUCAUAUUGUUUGUGCUGGUUUUCUCCAUCCUGGUAAGCCAUGCAUCUGUGAACAUCAAGCUCUUGCUUGCCGCUAAAUGGGUUGAUAAUCUGCGCAAAGCAACGGACUCUUCCGACGUGAACGACGUGAUGUCCCACCACCGCAAGUAUUACGUUUGGAUUACUAUUUUCACUUUUUCCUCCUUGGCAUGCUUCUUGCUGCUGAUGUUUGUCGUCGUAUACGCCAGCAUGCGUGGAUCGCGUCGACUUUACGAUUUCGCGCUGAAAUCGUCGUUCCUCAAGCCAUCCGCCGUAGUGCAGCUGAAGUCGUGCAUGGGUGCUCUGAUGACCUUCUUUACGAGCGAUGUUCAUAUCAUCGACGAGCAUAUCGGCUACUACAUACACGAGACAUCGUACUCGUUUUUGUCGUUUUUGGUAAAAUUCGCUACCUUGUGUUAUGUGAUGCCGUUAGCUGUACCGGUGCCGUUGGUCACGUGCUUCCUCCUGUACUACUUCGCCCAUCGCAAGCUGAUCCGCGCCUCCAAGAUUCUGCAGCGUCUGAUGCUGGACGCCAACAGCAACGUGAACGUGGUCUACAACGAUGUUAUGACGGGUUCAUCGGUCUACCGCAGUUUCCGCAAGGAAAGCAAGUGGUUACAAGAUGUUAGGGCGCGCUCAGACGAGUACUACCGCACGCACUUCCUGAAGGCAGCGUAUACGAUGUGGGUGACCCUCGCUACCAAUGUGGGCGCGGCCAUGAUGAUCGCAGUGUUCAUCACGAUCCCAGUUUUGCGCAGUUACGUCGCUGGGGAACCGCACAAGGUAGGCCACCUCGGUGUUGCCAUAUCGCUCUGUCUGGGUUUCGGCAACAGCCUGAGAGCCCUCAUCACCAACUACUCCCAACUGGAGAGGUACAUGUGCUCGGUAGCGCGCUUCGAGUCCUUCUUCAUGCAAGACGGCUCCUCCCUGGAUGAAAAGUUCGACAGCAUGAGCGAGAACCUGCUCUACAUUCCGCCGUCGUAUGGCAGGGUUGCAUCUUUUGUGGACACAGCAGUCACUUCAAUGGAGAUUGAUGAAGCCAGUGAGCCGUUAAGCCCGGCUUCAGUCGACCACUACUCCGUCAACAUUCCCAAUGGGCCUGAUGAGGAUGUUGGAGUGGCGCAGCAGGGCACUACUUUUGAAGAAACAUACGCGUCGCUGCUACAUCGCCGAAUAGGUGAGUAUCGGUCGUAUUACUUCCGCCGAUACAUUUCACUCUUCGGCUGGGUUUUCUACAAACCCGUUAUUGAAGUGUUGCCCGCGUCUGAUUAUCUUCCCCCCGCUACCCGACUGCUUGAGCUCAAGGAUGUCUCGUUGAUGACCCCGUCGCCUGCCGGCACGGUAAGCACGCAUCACAUAUUGCGGGAUGUCUCCUUCUGCGCUCGUGCUGGUGAAGUAAUUGGGGUAAUGGGCCGUACUGGUGCCGGAAAGAGCACUCUGUUGAGUGUGCUUCAGAACGUAGCACCUGGAAGAGGGGGGGCGGUGCUUAUGGAUAGCGUGGAGUUAAACACGAUCCCACGCAAGGUGCUGCGCCACAUUAUCGGCGUGCUUCCCCAGCUGCCGUUCAUAUUCAAGGGAUGGACUCUGCGUCGAUUCCUGGACCCCCGGAUGUUAUACUCUGACGACGAGAUCAUGCACGCUUUGGACUGCUGUGGCAUGUUGGAUCUCGUCAAAUCGCUUCCCGGCGGCUCCGAACUGGACACAGUGCUAGUACCAGAAGAAUCCUCUGCAGUCAAGAAAAUCUUCUUGGCGCCGCCCCUGUGUCCGCUGUCCGGCAAAGGUUGGGCUUCCCUCUCCUCGGAAGCACCCCACUCGUCAAACCCACCGGACGGUCACAACCGCAUUGUGCUCUCCGUAUCGCAGCAGCGCCAGUUGUGGUUCGCGCGACUGGUGCUGUAUCGCCGGAUGUACCGCAUCAUCCUGAUCGACGAGCCACAAUGGGCCGAGAUUGCAGAUGACGACGACGAGGUGCGGUCCUGCGGCGCUUCAGAGGUUUCGUAUUUCGGCACUGGCAAGUCGAUCUGCAGCCUGGUGUAUCGGUACUUCUCCCACUGCAUCACGUUCCUGGUGACUCACGACCGGCGUGUGCUGCGCCGAUGCUCUCGGCUGUUGCGCGUGAAAGGCGGCGUUGUGAGUGACGAGUCCUCACUCAUGCAGUUGUGGGGAGGCACGGUGUCUCUGUACUCAUGA